CCGCCUCUCCUGGUGGAGGACAGAGGAGGGGGAGGUGAGGAGGGAGCGGACUGACUUUUACUACAACUCGUCCAUUGGAAGUGAAUGGGAGGAAAGCGAGGAGCGGGGAAAGGAAGUACAAAGGGGAAGGAGGCAGAUGAGAGGGUAGUAUGAGCGGAGUGGAGGUUCGGGGGCAGAGAAGGUAGAAGAUCGGGGCACACCACUGACCCUGCACGCGGCGGUGCCGGCCUUAUGGGAGCUCAUCACAGGCGCUAGAGGAUCGCACUGACUGCACACAGGGUGUUUGAUGAACUCCUGACCCAGCAAGAGAUCAUCCCAUUCUCGUUUAGACGCCGCCAACCAUGACUGAAGAAAUGGAACGUCCCAGAAGUGGCCUCAGUGUGGCCAGCAGCAUUGCCACAACCACCUCUACCAGUCAGGGGUCAAGGCCAUCGACCAGAUCAAUAAAAAGAGUGCACACAUUUGGAAAAAGGGAAUAUUCGAUUAAGAGAGACCCCAAUUCUCCUGUGAUUAUUCGGGGAUGGCUCUAUAAACAGGACAGUCAAGGCUUACGACUUUGGAAGAGAAGAUGGUUUGUGCUGUCUGAUUUUUGCCUAUUUUAUUACCGAGACAGCCGAGAGGAGACUGUACUUGGCAGCAUCCUGUUACCAAGUUAUGAAAUCUUACCUGCCAACCCAAGAGAAGUGAAAAAUAGAAGAUUUAGUUUUAAGGCAGAACACCCUGGUAUGAGGACUUAUUAUUUUGCAGCUGACACACAAGAGGACAUGAAUGCCUGGAUCCGAGCCAUGAACCAGUCUGCUCUGGUAGUCGCUGACGGCAAAAACAGAAACAACCAUGGCCACAGCCUGACGCCACAAGAUGAACUAUAUGCCAGUUAUGAAGAUUUUUCCCAUAGUGAAAUAAACACUGCGGGUGAUGAUGGAAAAAGUGCUGAAUCUCUGGAGAUUGCUCACCUAUCUGAGACCAGAUCGCAGGAUGAGGGUUCCAGGGACAGCCUGCCAGAACAGGACAGAAAUGGAGACUUUGAGAAGGACAGCUUGUUCAGUGGAUUAAGGGAGUCCUUAUCGGAUGCCAUACAACAUUAUACAUCUGUGUCUCAGAAUGGGUCGGUACCUCCACCAACACCGGAGAGCUUGUUGAAGAAUAUAGAAUUCACUUAUAGCAGACAAGAGGUGGAAAGCAAGAUGUCUCUGGAGGGGAAGGACUCUAUACCAGAGGAUGAAGAGUGGGUGCCUUUUCAUAAGGAGCAACCUUCUGCAGAGCUUUAUCAAGCUAGAAGUCCUCCUAGAUCCCAACCUAAUGGAUUUGAAUGUCCACAUGAUGAAUAUUCCUCUGUUGUCUCCUGCUCUGCCCCUUCCUCUCCUGCCAUGCUUCCUACUCGUAUAUACAACUCUGAAGUUAUGGAUAGAAAUUGGAACUCAAGAGAUGAAAAGUUCAUGAAUGAGAGUGUGGAAACUCGGGAUAUAAGGAGCAUGGUCAUAAAUCCUUCCACUCCAUCAACCAGCAGUCCUUCAGUAGAAAAAAAUGAGUACAUGGCUCAAAGAUUUGUCAAGGCCUCAAGAUCGCAAUCUCUUCCACCUGUUUCAUCAGAGGUUACAAGACACCGUAUUGUAAAGAGAAGUCCACCCCCUAACUUGAAGUAUGCAAGUCCUGUCAACUACCUGGACAAUUCUCAUCCAAAUAGUGCCCCAAAAUUAAGUAGUCCUACCAGAAAAGAGACACCCCUGACCCCAAGUCUCAGCCCCAAAAUCCAGUCUCCCAAGCACAGGGCUGCAUCCAAUGAGGAUGUAUUUGUGGCUGUGACUGGCUCUCCUUCCAUGGGUAGGAUCACUGUUAGAUCCAACACACCCAUUGGACGUGUGGACAUCCUUCCUUCAGAGGACAGGCUUCUAAAUUCUGUACAGGUCCGACAUAAUGAAGAAAGAGUUGGUGAGUACUAUGUGACCAGCUCCAGGACCAGAAGUCAUAUUGUUAAAUCAACAUCAAGACCACAAACUCCAUCAGACAGGUAUGAUGUCUUGCCAUCUGAUGACCCCUUUGCAGCUUCAACUUUGGCAAAGGGACCCAAUCGAUAUACCCGGAGAUCUCAGCCUUUGGGAGCAGAAGAUGAAAGAAUGGUAGAUGGAGGAGGAAUGAUUUUACCUUCUAGAGCCCAUGGCUAUCCUAACAGCCGAAUGCAGAUAAGACCAAACACCCCAUCAGAACGAGUAAUUGUGGAAGAAUACUCUCCUGAACUAUCUUUAACUCCAUCUACGAGAAGACAUCGGAGCCAAGGACCAAGGUAUUCUGAGCGGUCAUUGCACCCUCCGGCAGCUUUUUCUGGCCGCAGUCUUGGCUACACACCGAGGCACCUGUCAAAUAUGGGCUCAGCUAGUUACUCCCAGUUGCCUCCUCUACCUCCAGUUUCCACCCGUCCACAUUUACCUGCAGGAAAGAGGAUGUCACUAAGUGCCAUGCCUUCGGGACCUGCCCAGUAUCAGAACAGAGGUCCUUACCCAGGACGUGUGCCAGAAAAUGGCAUUGAUGUUCUUCUGACCAAGAUGUGUGGCCAAGAUAAACUUCUUAUCGGCAUUGAAGAUGAGUCUGCUCACUUUAAAGCUGAGAAGGAAAAACUGGAGGAUGCUCUUCAGUUAACUCAUCAUCACCUGGAAGAGUUCCAAGGUCAGGAACAGGUGAUUGAGAACAUCUGGUACCAGCAAAGGAUGCUGCAGGAUGACCUGGUGUAUGUGCGGGCCAAGCUCUGUGACCUCUCUCUGGAACGAGAUCGAGCAUGGGAUGAAUACAGAGCUUUGGAAAAUGACUUGCAUGCAGUCAGAGAAACUUUGGAUCGUGUCAGUCAGUUUGGACAUCCACAGGACCAGGCAGCUGCUCAGAGGGAUCUUUGGAUGAUCAAUGACACUAUUUCAGGGCUCCGAUUUAAUAAGCCCAACUUUCAUGUAAUUCCUGAUUCUACAAGACACCCAGCUGUUAUGGUGCCGCACAGUCCAGUCAGUGAUACACAGCCCACCUAUCAGAGAAGCUUCCUACACCAUCAUUCCGGGGUGAAUCCUCAGGGUCCCAGAGACAAUCCCAGUGACUUUGAAGUUAUGCCACCCAGACCUCCUCUCCCCAAGGAUCAUCAGACAGCCAGUGAGGGAACAGAGGAGCUGAAUAGUAGACCCUCAAAUAACCAGCAUGAACAAGAUCACCUCAAUGAACAGCAGGAAAACCACACAGCACCACAAUCAAGCACAUCUAGUGAUGCUGCAAUGCCAAAUAAAGAUGUCAUAGAUAGUCGCCACAUGCAGGCAUCUUCCCCAGUGUCCAUACCUGCAAAUCAUAAAAUGACCUUCGAAACAAAGGCUUCCCCUCCUAAUAUGUCAGAAAUGGGAACAGUCCGGAAACAGAGAAUGAGUGCGGAGGAACAGCUGGAGCGAAUGCGUAGGCAUCAGGAAGCUCAGAUCCAUGAAAAGCCUAAACCUGGUGUGACUGCACAACGCCAAAAUUCUCAGAGGUCCACAACGGGUUCAGUUGGUGGUCGGCUGAGGUCUUCCUCCUCGGAUACAUUCGUAACUGGAACAAGUUCUCAGCAAGCAGAGAAGGCCUCUUCAGAACAGAGAAAGCCGGCACUGGUGAGAGUGACAGCCUCAUUCUACCCCAGCACUGUGCCCACCCAACAGCAUGGCAAGGAAGGAAGUAAUAACAUAAGAGGGUCAUCCCUUGACAUGGCACAGGAGGACCCAACAUACUGUGUUGUGAUGGAACCUCAGGGUGAAAGCGUCGCCUCUAUAACAAGUCAUGAGAUUUCUCCAAUGGUUAAGAGGGCACCUCCAAUGAGAUCAACCAGUAAAAUUGUCACUGCCUCCUGCAUGCAAAUGAAAAAAGACAUACCAGAUGGCAACAAUAACAAGGAAAGGGAGAAAUCGGAAGCCAAGACAAACUCUGCACUGCAAUCUGAUCAGCAAAGAACUGCAGAGUGGAUGAAGACUUCCAAUGCAAGCCCUGCCACAUCCCCUGGGGGUUUCAGGCGACUGUCAGAUGAGGAUUUUACCACUCCAAUAAAUGAGGAGAGGGAGAGAAUAAUGAACUUGUCCUAUACUCUUGCUACAGAGGCCUCGGAGCGCAGCAAAAUUAUCACAGCCAAUGCAUUAGCUGAUGACUAUGAUGGAAACAGCGAUGUCUCCUCUUCUGAUGAAACCUAUCCCUGGGACUUCAUUAUGCAAGAUUCCUGUAGCAGCAAAACGUCUGAAGCCAAGUCUUUCCAGUUUAAAGCCACUUCAAAUCCACAUCAAGAGGAAAGAACCUCCACCAACAAAGAUGGAAACUCCUCCUCCGCAAUUACCCCAAACCAGCAAAGUUCUGUUGGAGCUUCUAGUCCUGAUACUGCCAAAGACAGGCCAAAUAAGCGCCUUUUAGACCGUCUUCAUUAUGAGAACUGGCCUGGCCAUAAACAUGAUGGAACCAAAAGUCACCUUUCAGCCACAAAACAGGACAACAGUGCUCCAGCCAAGUGUAAUGGACAGGUGGCCAAAUAUGAUUUCCUCAUAGAGGACUUGCAUUAUAACCCAUUAAACCUGAGCAAAGUCACUGACUAUUGUAAGGAGGAAAGGGAACCCAUCCGGAUCACACUUCUCCAGUCCAGCUUCUAAAUUGUAUGAAGAAAGUUGCGUUCUUGUGAAUAGACUUCAAAACGGAUGACGUGAAGUACAGAUGGACCUUGCAGGGCAAAGGAUGUUGGGUUGUAGUUGGCACAGCUUAUGUUGGACUGAAAAGCAAUAUUUUGAAGGCUAAUAUUGGAAGUUGUAUAUGAAAGUGGCAUGUUGUAAAGAGCGUCUCAGUAUGUAAAUAGAUGUAUCAUAAGCAAUCUCCAGAAGAGUUUAGGAGGUGAUGGUGUAAAAAUGUUGAUAGAGAUGAGGAAGUGAAGAAAAUGCCAUGGUAAAUCAAGGAUGUGCUGCUGAAUGUAGAAAGGAGGCGAAAGAAAGUGUCAGAAAAUGUUUUCAUGCCUACUAGUGGUGAUGCCACCCUAGUAUAAAUAGUACUGAGUUGUGAAUUAUUUUAUAACCUCCCGUAGGGACUUUUGCACUAACUGACUGGGUUACACUAGACAAGUAAAAGCAAGAAAAUUGCAAGUGUUGAGCCACCAGAUUCUUUUAUUAAAUUUCACACCUGGUCCAGAAAACUGGCAGUUCUAUUUGAUUGGCUGCUUUGGGCAACACCUUCUAUUUGGUUAAAGAAAAAAAGGCAUGUGUAUGUAGAAGGUGACACUGUGAAGUGGGCACACAGAAUUAAAAAAGCAUUUUAUGUUUGUCGCUGAAACGUGUUUCAGUUGGUUAAACUGGCGGUGAUGGUUUAACUGUUUUAAUUUAAAUGUCAAAAUUCCAUUUACUUAAAAAAAAAAAAAAGAA